AUGUCUAAGGUGUUUUUUAUCACCGGUGCUGGUAGCGGACUUGGUCGAGUGACGGCUCGCUAUCUUUUGCUAAAGGGCCACCGGGUCUUUUUGACUGAUUACAAUGAAUCAUUUCUCGAAAUGACGUGCAUGAAGCAUCUUGCUUCAGUCGUUCCCACAGAAUUGACCUCCAACUUCAAGUGGUCCCGGAUGGACGUUUCAAAUGGCGAGGACGUCGUACAAGCUGUUCAAAAGUGUGUCGAACAGUUUGGAAUGAUUGACGUUCUCAUAAACAGUGAGAGCCAAUACAUGCGUGCGGGUAUCCGCAUGGACGAAGUACCAGUAUCCGAUUUCGAGCGCAUUCUAAACGUCAACCUCAUCGGCACCUACCGCGUCUCCCAGCAAGCGAUCCCAUAUCUCGAGAAAUCCCCUGGAGGCGGCGUGAUUAUUAACAUGUCCAGCUGUCGUGCUCAUCAACAAAGCAAGCACGGAGAAGCGUAUGCGGCAUCAAAAGCCGGUAUCGAAGGGCUGUCCAUGGCAAUGUCUGUUAGUCUCGGCCCUAAGAUUCGAGUCCAUGUUAUUAGUCCUGGGAUGGUCGAUGUGCGGUCUGAGAGAGAUGAAGAAGCGAUGCCCGACGUUGACACCAUUCGAGAGGAUUUGAACCGGGAUUUCCAAAGCGAAUAUGCGCCUGAGUGGGGAUAUGGGAAAAGUGAGGCAAUGCAUGAGGGUCACCCAGUUGGAAGAAUUGGAAAAGGAGAGGAUAUUGCGAGGUGGGUCGAGUUUUUGUCCGUCAUGGAAAGUGGGUUCACUACUGGAGGGAAAUGA